AGGACUGACAUCUGCUCUCGGAGACGUUAUGGGUACACUUUACACCGUGCAAGUGUGAAAUUACUGUUAGAGCUCCGCAAACAUAUUUAUAUUUGUACGUUGUGUGUGGGCAGCCUUCUCAUACCACAAGUCUUGCUGUAAGUGCUUCAUAAUUUUUUAUCAUUUCAGAUGACUAAUACAUCAAUCACUUUACUUCAACCAAAAUAAGUAAUAAUUCAGACUAAUUACACUGAUGAUAAUAAUAACAAUUUGAUAUAAAUCAAAAAGUGCAUUUAUUCUAUCUACCUAUUAAAUCACACAAACAUGACAUCGAUUUAUGCAUGUGGAGAUGCAUAAAAUGGGAAUUGAAUGAAAACUAUGAACUUCACCCAAGUAAAGAAUCCAAGAUUUAUAUAAAAUACUAAACACACAUAUUCUUUUAUGUAAAGUAUGACCUUCUAAAAUAUGGAAAGGCUGCAAAUAGAUUGGAAACCAAAAUUGGAUUUGGUAUUAUUAUUGUUUUAAAAAAGUUUGAUGCAUGUCCAGUAGAAGUUUCACAGUCAGUGGUCUGCUUUCCUGACACACCCACCUACUGUGGCUCCCUGAUAGCGUCCAUGUUUGCCCUAAAAAAAAUCAUUUGCGCUGUUAAAAAGGAACUAUUCAUGCACCCAGUGUGAGAUCAAUACUUUUAUUGGUGCUACAUACACGAACUCAUUUAUUCCAACACGAGUGGUCCAGAUUUACUUCCUGGGACCGUCCCUUGGUUCACGACCUUAGCCUAUGACAGAGACAUCGCUGUCUCACUCCGCUUAAUGUUUAGCCCAAGAUCCCCACACACACACACACACACACACACACACACAGGGAAGCAUAGGGAUUACAAAAGGUGCAGAGACCCAUAUGCUGCUCCGGGAUGGAGGCGAGAAAACUACAUGCGAGGAGGACACAAGGUAGUAAUGAUCAAGGGACUGGCGGUGAAGACGAAGCCCUCGCAGAGCCACAUGAGAGCGUCUCUGGUCGUCCUCUCUCCGCUGCAGCUCGUCUGUGUGUGUACGCGCUGCACGGCUGCCUCUGUGAGGUGGCCUUCACCGCUGUGUGUGACUGGUGCAGCACCCAGGACAGAAGGCUGCCAGGUCACAGCAGCCUGUGGGCGCUGCCUAUGUACGCUACUGCAAUCUACCUCAUUGAGAGCCUGAGGGCACGACUGCUGGCUCAGCGCCGCCCGCUGCCACUGCGUCUGAUGGCCUACACCAUGUUCAUCUACCUCUGGGAGUUCAGCUGGGGGACGGGGCUGAGGCUGCUGGGGGCCUGUCCCUGGGACUACUCAGGUUAUAGGUAUAACCUGGGAGGACUGGUGACCCUGGAGUACGCACUGCCCUGGACUGUGGCAGCGUUUAUAGCAGAGCAGCACGUGAUCAGGAACACUCUGAGGAUAAGACUGCACAACUGAACCGAUCGAUCUGGAAUCAGCAUUUAAGAGCAACACCACAACUGAGAGUUUAACAGUAAACAAGGUGUUGCACCUCCCUGAGCUGUGUCAUUAAAUCUCACAAAUAUUUGCAGGCCAAUCUGUGAGCGUGUUUUUCUAACAGGCUGAAAUGAGACAGCAGUGUUUUAUUUGGGGAAAACUGGUUUGCUAGCUCAUAAAUCCAAUGACUGUAUGACAGCUAUAAAUCAGUAGCUACAGCACCUCCAGGAGAUGAACAGUUUAACAGACCAGAAAAAAAGUUGUAGAGGUUUAAUCUGGGGGCUUAGUUAGACUUUUUCUUAGCCAAGACUAAUGACUUUCUGAAGUGUCAGCUUGUUGCCUCACAGCGAUGACUCCAGGAAGUCACCGGGCCCAAGAAAUAGUUCCAACACAUAACUUCCAGUAAAACUAAAUUUCAUUUUAACAAUUGUGUACAUCUUUGAGUUUUAGACGGACAAAUGGAGUUGUUUCCCCCUGCUUCUAGUCAUCAUGUUUUUAAAAGCUCAUUGCCUCUUGAAUCCAUCUGUGUAUCUGAUGCACAGACCGAUUGUCAGUGGUGUUGACUUUCUGAGAUGACAGUGGGGUGGUAGACUGUGGUUCGGAUGGCUGUUGUCUUUUAAUAUCGCCUUAAUGAUGUCACUGAUGCUCUGUAGAAGAGUACCAAUUGCCUAUAAAUUGCCUUGAACUUGGCACAGGAAAGAAGUCUUCUGAAUUUCACUUAAGACAUCAAGCUGUUUCUAUUCUUUUUGUUUCCAGGAAGGAUAUGAACCCCCUAAUGUCACAUGAAUUGAUAUUUUUUAUCUUUAUUUAUUCUUUAAGUUAUUUCCUUGUGUGCAAAAGAUCCAUAUCUUGGGUGCGCAAGAUUGAAACAUAUCGCUCUGGGGGACUUUAGGAGAUAAAUACAACAGUGAAAAUAUAGUCUGGGUGUAAAUUCUAAUGACACUUUAAGCCAUGUAAGAAUUCAGAGCUGUUUAGACCAUGAAGCACUUACGUGUAAAAACUUAAGACAACAGUAAUACACACCCAGUCUUAUUCCCUAGGGUUAAAGGAUCGAUAGCUUGGCUAAGUCCCAAACUAAUCAUACUGUUAAUGAUCACAAGAGUAGCAACAAGCCCACCUCCUUGUCUCAUUAAUAGCUGGAGGAUAAUUACAGUGGAAAAAGUUGUGACUCUAAAAUCACAGUCUGCGUUUCUCUGGAACAGACGAGUUGGUGUUGCGACUGUGCCAAACUCUUGUUCAAACUUGUGUUUAAUGUAGUUUCAGCCAAUAUUAUUCCACUAGGAGUGUGACUGUGGUUUUUACCUUUUAUUCAGAAGAUAACUGUCAUUGUUCUAUUCUUCUCCCCUUUGACUUCCAGAGAAAAAUCGACAUGUUGAAUACAAGUGAACAGUGCGGUUGGAUUUGGAAGCUUUAGGACUUUCCAGUGUAAAAUGGAGAACAUUAACAUCUAUCAAUGCAGUAAAGGAAAAAACAGUGAUGAAAUGUGGAUAUUGGAAAGUAAAGGUCAGGGAGAUAAAUGAUCACAACUCAG